GACUUGACCCGUUCGUCCGCCCCGGGGGAGCGCAGCCAUGGCGGCGGUCGCCCGGCCCGGCCGCGUCGACAGCUGCACUCCGGACGCCCUGGACCCGGCCCAGAGGCGCAGCCGGAGUCAGCUGUCCGACCUGACCUGCGUGUCCCCGGCCCUCGGCUUCGGCGACGGCCACCGGCCCAGCACCGCCCUGAGCGACGCCACGCGGCCCAACACCGCCCUCGGCUACCCCACCUGGCCCGCCGCCGCCCUGAGCGACGCCACGCGGCCCAACACGGCCAUGGGCGACUUCGCGCGGCCCCACACGUCCCUGGGCGACUUCACGCGGCAGAACACGCCCCUGGGCGACUUCACGCGGCAGAACACGCCCCUGGGCGACGUUACGCGGCCCAACACGGCCCUGGGCGACUUCACGCGGCCCAACACGGCGCUGGGCGACGUGACGCGGCCCAGCGCGGCCUUGGCCGACGUCGCGCGGCCC